AUGCAGUUUUCAUUAGCUAACAAAUCUUGUUCAGCUAUCUAUAAAUCCUUUUGUGAUCAGAAGCUUACUUUCCAGAUAAUCCAUGGUGUGGAAAAGUUGACUGAUCCCAAAUUGUUACUAGUCCUGGACUCAUCAUUCAAUCCUCCUCACUCAGCCCAUCAAAAUCUAGUGGAUAGGGCUGUUAGACAUUAUAAGAAUCAAUCAUUUCACGUUUUACUAUUGCUUUCGGUGAAUAAUGCUGAUAAGGCUCCCAAACCUGCUACUUUUGACAAAAGAAUGGAAAUGAUGUGCCUUAUGGCUGACAAUUUACAAACUAAGAACAUAUCAACUUCCGUGGGGAUCACUACUUCUGCCAAAUUUGUAGAUAAGGAUAGGAUAAUAAGAGAGCAUUUUUCAUCUCGUGGAUUGAUAUCCUAUUUGGUUGGAUUCGACACUAUCGUCAGAAUCCUUGACCCAAAGUAUUACCUUCCUCAAUCACUAUCUGAGGCGUUGAAGGAAUUUAUGGCAUCAACCAAUUUCUUUUGCCUAACAAGAAAUUCGGGCCCUGAACUUGAUAAGCAGAUGAGAUACUGUUCAGAUAUAAGCCAAGGUUUGUAUGAACCUACGAUACCCCGAAAAUGGGGAAACAAGAUUCAGCUUGAAGUAAAUGAUGAAAAAUACGCAUCUGUAUGUUCGUCAAACAUCAGAGAGGCUGUCUUGAAUGAUUGUACAACAGAGGACCUUCAAGACCAGCUACCUCCAUCCAUAUUAGAAUAUAUAAUGAGACAAGGAAAGAACCCUUUUGUAUAA